AUCAUCACUCACAUUUCUGUUUUGAAAUGUGAACCUCAAAGAAAUUGCAAUACUAAGAUUUUAAUAAAAAUACGUUAAAUACGUAAUCUAGAAAUGGAGACUGCGGGAGACACAGUGCCUGAAUUUGACAAACCUUCUAGUAUAGGUCUUAAGCUCAAAUUGAGUCAUGAACACCCAUUACAAAGUAAACAAAUUAUUAAACCGAAACCCCAUCAAAUAAUUGAAAUGAUGCCUCUUUCAGCAAGAUAUUUAAAAUACUACAUUGGGAAAAAAAUUAAUAAAAAACGCCCUAUUAUGGACUUUGUUCACCUUAUUUCAGCACAAAGAAUGUAUGGUUGUCCUAUUGGGGGCAUUGGAGGAGGAACUAUAGGCAGAGGAUUCAAGGGAGAAUUCUGCCGUUUUCAGCUGAGUCCAGGUCUAUAUGAAUAUGUUAUGGUGCCUGAGUGUCAGUUUAUUGUAAACAUUCAGAAUGAGAAAAAGGAGACCUUGUUUCAAUCUGUGCUUUCAACAUAUGAGAAACCAAAGAGAGCUCCACCUUCAUGGGAAUGGAACUUAAAUGCAGAAGAUUGUGAGUAUACUGCUCUAUACCCUCGAGCUUGGACGACAUAUGACCUAUCAAAAUAUGGAAUCAAGCUAAUAUGUAGACAAAUAUCACCUGUCAUUCCUCAUAACUACAAAGACAGCAGCCUGCCUUGUGCUGUGUUUGUAUUUUCAGCACAAAAUAUUAGCAAUGAACAUAGAAAUGUUAGUAUAACAUUUACAUGGACUGAGGUUCUCGGAGGAUCCAAUAAAAAGAAAUCUACCGCCAAACUUGAUUUAGAAAGAUAUGCAGAAGAUCACACUAGUGGUGUCACACUAGAGCAAAGAAUUGAUGAAACUCCUUGCACAUUCACGUUAGCUAAGAAGAAACAUGAAAAUGAAACUAUUCAUGAAGACUACUGUCUAUGGAAUGCAAAUAAAACCUCUUCAUACGUUUGGGAAUGUCUCAAGAAACAUGGGAGACUGGAGCCUGAUCCCAGUCUGACGCCACCUCCACCUAAGGUGCCUGAAAAGACAGAGAAAGAAGAAAAAGAGAAAAAGGAGAAACAAAAGAAAAGCUACAAAUGUGAUUCAGUAGGCCUUUCUUCUGUUAUAUCUUUGGAUCCCGGAGGAACUGGUUCUACGGAGUUUAGUUUAGUUUGGGACAUGCCAAUAAUUAAAUAUAAGAAGGAUAAAAAGAUACAUAAGAGGUAUUAUACAAAAUACUUUGGCAGCGAUGGAAUCGCUGGUGCCAGCAUAGCUGCGUACGCACUUAGGAACUAUAAAAAUUGGGAGAAGCAAAUUGCAGAGUGGCAAGAUCCUAUAUUGACAAAUAACAAUAUACCAGACUGGUUAAAAAGUGCCUUAAUGAAUGAGCUUUAUUAUAUUGCGGAUGGUGGAACUAUUUGGUUCGACGUUCACGAAGAGUAUCCAGAAUCUGAUCCUAGACACGAUUUUGGAUUGUUUGGUUAUUUGGAAGGUCAUGAAUAUAGAAUGUAUAAUACAUAUGAUGUACAUUUUUAUGCGUCAUUCGCAUUAGCACAGCUGUGGCCUAAUUUACAAGUCGUAUUGCAGUAUAUGUUCCGUGAUACUGUUGCGUUAGAAUCUGAAAAAUGCAGACUGUCACUGUACGAUGGGAAGUCUGUGAAGCUUAAGACCAAAAACUCUAUACCACACGACCUUGGAGAUCCAGAGGACAUACCGUUCGCUCACAUAAACGCGUACAACAUACACGACGUAAGCGAGUGGCGAGAUUUGAACCUCAAGUUCAUACUGCAAGUGAUCCGCGACUACCGCGUGCUACGUGGUCACACGGCCCCCUUCAGCAACGAAAGGUACCACUCUAUGGCGUAUAUAGAUGACGUCAGAGAUGGUACUGAGGACGAUCUGUACUCUAGAUCCACGGGGCAAGCGGAGAAAUCGCCCUUAAACACACCAGAGUCUACGGAGGAAUCCACGCCGGUCACACGUGUGAACAAACCUUAUUGUGUAGGAGAUAUACUGGAUCUGCUGUACAGAAGCACAGAGCCCGAAGCUGAAGGCGAAGAUAGUGGUGAUAAGCCAGAAGCAAUAGAGACUUCGAAUGUGUGGGAUUGUAAGACGUAUUUGGCAGAUAUGUAUCCGUCCUGCGUCGCGUUACUACGCCGUUCUGCCAUGUGGGACAAGGACGGAGAUGGACUCAUAGAGAACGGGGGAUUCCCCGAUCAGACUUACGACGCCUGGGUCAUGCAAGGACCGAGUGCUUAUUGCGGUGGUCUUUGGGUUGCAUCUGUGUCUGUUGUGCGUGCGAUGGCACAUAUUCUCGGCUUUGAAGAAGAUGAGAGAGAAUUCGCCAAGUUAUUGGACCAAGCUCGCCACUCGUUCGAAGAAAAACUCUGGAAUGGAUCAUACUAUAAGUUCGACACAAGACCCGCUAAUGCUAAAGUCGUUAUGGCCGAUCAACUCGCUGGGCAUUGGUAUCUACGCGCAUCCGGUUGGACGGAGCCAGUGUUUCCGGAGGUGAACGUGAAGAAAGCGUUAAGGGUUAUAUACGAAAACAAUGUCCUUCGUUUCAAAGAGGGCCGUAUGGGUGCCGUAAACGGUUACGUUACCGGCGAACGCGGCCACGUAGACACAACCGCCGUACAAAGCGAGGAAGUGUGGACUGGAGUCACUUAUGGAUUAGCCGCCCUUAUGAUAUAUGAAGAUAUGCACGAGGAAGCGUUCAUAACCGCUGGCGGUUUGAAUAAAACACUACUACAAAUGGGUUUAUUAUUCGAAACUCCUGAAGCUCUACUGGAAAAUGGUCACCAUAGGUCCAUAGCAUAUAUGAGACCGUUGUCCAUAUGGGCCAUGUACCAGGCUAUAGUCGCUCGGCCCCCGCCCCCCGCGCCUUUAGCCAAUGGACAAGUGAAUAAUACCAAAGAGAAAACAAAAUUGUGAUCACACCAUAUUGCUUUUGUUUUAUUUUUUACAUUUUAUUAUUUAGGAUUAUAGUAUUUAUUAUUAGACGGAUAAUUCAAUUUUUGCAAUAUUACACGGUGGUGUCUAAACACGAUGUGUAAUUAUGGUUUUUAGAUUCUCCGGUUUUUAGGGCUUUCGACAAGGAAUUUUGUAAUUUAUUCGCGUCUGUCUCUCUGUCCGUGAAUGAUUUCAAAGAUUCAUAGUAUUAGUAAACAAUAGUCAAUAAACUUAUAAAAUGUGUUUAUUAUAUAUUAAAAAGGAGAAAAAUUGUACAAGUUCUGUUCCAGUUACUUAAAGUAAAUGUCGUUGAUUGAUAGCGGUAAGUAGUGGGUACCGAUGCCUCCCUUUUUUUCAAAUCUUGCCUAAUAUUAAAAAAAUAAAUGUAAACUGUUAUUGUAGCAAGUCAACGGCUACAAACAAUUAUUAUUUCACACCUAUCAAUAAUUGAUGUCCAUACAGUUUCAUUUCGAUUGGCAAAUAAACAAAGGAUAUCCAAGGGAUUGAAUAGGUUUUUUCAAAAUAUGUAUAUAUUUGGUAUAGUAUUUUGGUAAAUAGUGUACUAUUUAUUUACUGGCACAUCUCUCCGACUAAUAUAAAGUUUAUGGUUACUUAGG